UGACUACAAACAGAGGAUGAACAGUAUUAUUUCAGAUAUGAUGACAUAUCAACGGGUGAACAAAGAUCCAACAACAGGUUUGAUAAAAAAGAAUAAUGAACUGGUGGAGGAGCUAUACAAAAACAACAUUAUUACGACAAUGGAAAGGAAAAAACUCAGAAGUGACGUGGCUACAGCUCCAAGAUUGUAUGGACUACCAAAAAUCCACAAGGUAGAUUUCCCGUUACGCCCGAUCUGUUCUUCAAUCAAUUCUCCGUCGGAAGAACUGUGCAAAUAUGUGGUUAAAAUUUUAAAAAAUCUUACCAAAUUCUCCAAAUAUAACGUUCAAGACUCAAUGGCGUUCAAAAACAAAGUUAAAAAUAUGACGAUUAAAGAAAAUGACAGGAUGGUUUCGUUUGACGUAGUAUCACUCUUCCCAAGCAUACCGAUAGAUCUUGGUAUUCAAAUAAUCGACGAAAGGUGGGAAGAACUAAAAGAAUACACAAAUAUGACAAAGGGCCUAUUUUUAAGUAUUCUAAAAUUUUGCAUUAAAGACAACCGAUAUUUCAAAUACGACGACAAGAUAUAUAAACAAAAGAAAGGACUGCCAAUGGGUUCACCAGCUUCUCCAGUUGUGGCGGAUAUAGUCAUGGAGAAACUCUUAGACACCUGCAUGGAAAAACUGACAACAAAACCCAAAAUAUUAACGAAAUACGUGGACGAUCUUUUUGUGAUAACUGGGGAAGAUGCAAUCAAUGAUACAUUGAAUAUACUUAACAGUUUCAGCAACAAUAUCAAAUUCACCAUGGAGGAUGAAAUGAAUGGAUGUUUACCAUAUCUAGACACAAUAAUAUAUAGAAAGAAGGACAAAUUAGAAUUAGACUGGUAUCAGAAACCCACGGCAUCGGGAAGAAUUAUAAAUUUCUUUUCGAAACAUCCCAAGCAAAUGAUUAUAAACACUGCAAAAAAUUUAGUACAUAGAGUAAUGAGCAUUAGUGACGAGAAAUUCCAUAACAAGAACAAACACAAAAUCCGAGAUAUUCUAACAAACAACAAUUUUCCAAUAAGAAUAAUAAAUAGAUUAAUAGGACGACGGAAUACUACUAGAGAAACCCAAAAAGAUGAAAAGAUAUAUAAAUCUAUGAUUUACGUACCAAAUUUAUCAGAACGAUUCCAGAACUCAAAUUUAUAUGACAAGAACAAAUAUAUAAUAGCCCAGAAAAACAACAACACUCUCAAAAAGCUAUUUAGCCAUACAAAAGACAAAAUACAAAAUCCUGAUAAACACAAUGUGAUAUACCAAAUACAAUGCGAUGGCAACCCUAACGAAAAAUGUGGGAAAUAUUAUGUUGGUACCACAAAAAAUAAAUUGAAAACUAGACUAUCAGCCCAUAAGUCUGAUUUAAAAAUGAGAAACCAAAAUUACACACAAAAAACAGCGCUUGCGGAACACUGUAUAUCAAGCAACCAUCAGCCAAACCUUGAACAAGUAAAAAUACUGCAAACGGAAAACCAUUACCACAGAAGACUCACAUUAGAAAUGUUACACAUCAACAAUCUACACACAACAGAGAGAAUAAAUUUUAAGAGCGACACAGAUAACGCAGCUUAUUGCUAUAGGCAUUUGACACAAAAGAAGAGAUCGUGCAAUAUGUAAACAAAAUCAGUGCAAUAUUAACAGCCGACGAUGAUAGUGCAUUCUAUCGUAGUUAUUAAGUUAACUUGACGAUUAUUGUUUACAAAAUAUUAUAUUAUCUUGUAGAUCCCCUGAAGAUGCAAUUUAUACAAUUGCGAAAUAUCGGAGAUCAAAAAUGAAAUAAAAUAAAAAACUGGCCUAAAGCUCAAAAAAACUCA